AUGUCUGCCCUCUUGGCCGCAGUGUGGCUGCUUAUAGCAGCAGGAGUCGUGCAGGGACAAUCGACGCCACCAAACAUCAUUUUCAUAAUUGCAGAUGACUUGGGAUGGAAUGAUCUGAGUUUCCACGGCUCCGAUCAAAUCCCGACACCCAACAUCGACGCCCUGGCUUACAACGGCAUCAUACUGAACAGCCACUACGUGAUGCCAACAUGUACGCCGUCCAGGGCGUCUCUGCUGACAGGGAAAUAUCCCAUACGCUUAGGUAUGCAGGGAGCACCUCUGAAUCCCACCAUCAAGGGAGGGCUACCUGAAGGCAAGAUCCUGCCGCAGUACCUCAAGGAUCUCGGGUACGUUACCAGGGCUAUCGGCAAGUGGCACCUGGGCUUCCACAAGAAGGAGCUGACGCCCACAUAUCGCGGGUUCGACUCCCACCUAGGUUACUGGAACGGCCACAUUGGAUAUUAUGACAUCAUUUUGGACUAUGGGCCGCGCGGAGACAUCGGCGCAGGCUACGACAUGCACAGCAACAUGACGACCGCCUGGGAGUUCGCCGGGCGGUACGCGACCGACGUCUUCACAGAGGAGGCGGAGCGCCUGAUCCAGCAGCACGACUCGCAGAAGCCGCUGUUCCUGUACCUGGCGCACCAGGCCGUGCACGCGGGCGACGCCGCAAAGUGGCUGGACGCACCCCAGGACGUCAUCAACAAGUUCCUCUACAUCAGCGACCCCAACAGGCGCAUACUGGCCGGUGUGCUCUGGAAGCUGGAUGAGUCUGUGGGACGCGUGGUGGCGGCGCUGGAGAAACGCGGGAUGCUGGAGAACUCCAUCGUCGUGUUCGUGUCAGACAAUGGAGCGCCGUCUGAUGGGAUGGAUCAGCCCAACUGGAGCUCCAACUACCCACACAGAGGGUUAAAGGGUUCACUGUGGGAGGGCGGCGUCCGGGGGGCGGCCCUUGUGUGGAGUCCACUUCUGAAGAGCGCGCCAAGGGUGUCCAACCAGCAGAUGCACAUCAGCGACUGGCUGCCCACGCUCUACACUGCUGCUGGGGGAAACCUGACGGACCUCCCUACGGAUCUGGACGGAAUGAACACAUGGGAUGCGCUCGUCACUGCCAGCGGCUGGCCACGCACUGAGGUCCUGAUCAACCGCAAUGACGACGACGGGACGGCUGCCAUCAGGGUUGGCGACUGGAAGCUCGUCAAAGGACCAGCAUCCAGCAACGGCUACUACGGAGCGAGUGGAGCAGAGGAUCCGCGCUACACGCCGCAGUACGACCCACAACAGGUGGCGAACAGCCUGGCAGGACGAGCCGUGGCCGCCGUAAUGGAGGCGACCUCCACAUCUGAAGACAUGCUGCGGUUGCGAGCGGAGGCCACUGUGUCCUGUCCCAACAGGCCGGAAGAGCCAGCGUGCGUCCCCCAGACCGAGGACGGCACGUGCGUCUUCAACGUGGUGCUGGACCCCUGCGAGGGCGGUACCUCGGUCAACUCCAGUGACGUGCUGGACACGCUGCUGAAGCGACUGGAGGCGCUGUCGGACCCCAUGCUGCCUGUCCAGGACUACCCUGUGGAGCCGGAGCUGGUGCGCCCGUCCCGCUGGAACAACACGUGGGUGCCCUGGACCGACUGCAUCGCCGAUCCCACCUACAUCGCCUGCAACGUAGUUACUUAG